GGCUCAGCCCGGGAACUGCCCGAGCGUUUGUGGCCCGUGCUUUUCUGGCCCGCCUACUUCUCCAGCGCUCCUCCCGCUGUCUCGGUCGCUGGGGAAGGUAGUUACCAGUAAAGUUUUCCGAUUUCAAGGUCGCGCAGAUCCGGCGGGGCCGCCUUCCGUCCUCUCGGUCGUUGCCCGAAGCCCCGGUCGGCUACAGGCGACGAGUUUCAGGGCGUCAUGACCAGGGGCCACCGCGGCCGGCCGGCUGUGAGGCCGCCUUUCGCUGCCCGCACGCUGCCGUGGCCUCUCGGUCCGCCCGCGCCCGUCUCGGCCUGAGCGCAGCCCUCCGCGCCCGUGGGCCGCCUCGCGCCUGGCCUCAUGGCCUCCGAGGCGCCGUCUCCACCGCCGUCGCCUUCGUUGUCGCUGUCGCCGCCCACCUCCCCCGAGCCUGAGCUAGCCCAACUGAGGCGGAAGGUGGAGAAGUUGGAACGCGAACUGCGGAGCUGCAAGCGGCAGGUGCGGGAGAUCGAGAAGCUGCUGCAUCACACAGAACGGCUGUACCAGAGCGCCGAAAGCAACAACCAGGAGCUCCGCACGCAGGUGGAAGAACUCAGUAAAAUACUCCAUUGUGGGAGAAAUGAAGAUAAUAAAAAGUCUGAUGUAGAAGUACAAACAGAGAACCACACUCCUUGGUCCACCUCAGAUUAUUAUUAUCAGGCAUACUAUAAUGAUGUUAGUCUUCCAAAUAAAGUGACUGAACUUUCAGAUCGGCAAGCUGAAGAUACUGAAGCUGCUACUUUUAAUUCUAAUGACCAGUUCCAAAUAGAAAAUGAUUCCUACACUGGUACUGAUGGAACAGAAAAUGUUCAAUAUAGACAAGACCAUUUUGCCUCAAAUUCCCAGGAGCCAGUGUCUGGAUUGGCAACAGAAGAUACAUCUCUAGAAGGUUCCUCAUUAGCUGAAAGUUUGAGAGCUGCAGCAGAAGCUGCUGUAUCACAGACUGGAUUUAGUUAUGAUGAAAAUACUGGACUGUAUUUUGACCACAGCACUGGUUUCUAUUACGAUUCUGAAAAUCAACUAUAUUAUGAUCCUUCCACUGGAAUUUACUACUACUGUGAUGUGGAAAGUGGUCGAUAUCAGUUUCAUUCUCGAGUAGAUUUGCAACCUUAUCAGACUUCUGGCACAAAACAAAGUAAAGAUAAAAAAUUGAAGAAGAAAAGAAAGGAUCCAGAUUCUUGUACAAUAAAUGAAGAAAAGGAUGUGAAUUCAGAAGAUCAAAAAGUCUCCAGUGUAGAACAUAUAAGCUGCAAUGAAGGAGAAAAUUUUGCAAAGGUGAAAAAGAAGGCCAAAGUAGACAAUCAUUACAAAAAUAGUCCCCCAGAAUUCACUAUUCCAAUUAGUGGAAACACUGCAGAAUCUCCUCAUAAUGAAAGCAUCUCUAAUUCAACUUCACUUAAAGAUGAGGAAAUCACAGAGACUGAUAGUGAGCCAGAGGAAGGUGAAAUUACAGACUCUCAGACUGAAGAUAGUUAUGACGAAGACAUUACCAGUGAAGACCAUGUAACUGCAGAAGAUACUGAGGAUGAAGAUGAAGAAAAAAUUUGGCCCCCAUGUAUUAGAGUAAUUGUUAUUAGAUCACCAGUGUUGCAGACAGGAUCACUUUUUAUCAUUACUGCUGUAAACCCUGCUACAAUUGGAAGAGAAAAAGAUAUGGAGCAUACUCUCCGAAUCCCUGAAGUUGGUGUCAGUAAGUUUCAUGCAGAAGUUUAUUUUGACCAUGAUUUACAAAGUUAUGUCCUUGUGGAUCAAGGCAGUCAAAAUGGCACAAUUGUUAAUGGAAAACAGAUUCUUCAGCCAAAAACUAAAUGUGACCCUUACGUACUUGAGCAUGGAGAUGAAGUGAAAAUUGGAGAAACCGUGUUAUCCUUUCACAUUCAUCCUGGCAGUGAUACCUGUGAUGGCUGUGAACCAGGGCAGGUUAGAGCUCACCUUCGCCUUGAUAAGAAAGAUGAAUCUUUUGUUGGUCCAACAUUAACUAAGGAGGAAAAAGAGUUGGAAAGGCGAAAAGAAUUAAAAAAAAUACGAGUAAAAUAUGGUUUACAGAAUACAGACUACGAAGAUGAAAAGGCAUUGAAGAAUCCAAAAUAUAAAGAUAGAGCUGGAAAACGUAGAGAGCAGAUUGGAAGUGAAGGAACUUUCCAAAGAGAUGAUGCUCCUGCAUCUGUUCAUUCUGAAAUUACUGAUAGCAACAAAGGUCGGAAGAUGUUGGAGAAGAUGGGUUGGAAAAAAGGAGAGGGACUGGGAAAGGAUGGUGGAGGAAUGAAAACUCCGAUCCAGCUUCAGCUUCGGCGAACACAUGCAGGUUUGGGGACAGGCAAACCAUCCUCAAUUGAAGAUGUCCAUCUUCUCCAAAACAAGAGCAAAAAAAACUGGGACAAAGCACGAGAGAGGUUUGCUGAAAAAUUCCCAGAAACUAAACCUCAAAAAGAUUCACCAGGGACCAUGCCUUGGGUAAAAGGGACUGUCGAAUGAUGGUUAAUCAUAGAACAGUAUUUAAUCUUUUUUAAAAAAGAGUUUGGAAACUCUUAUUUUAUUGCAGAACUUUUCUCCCCAAAAGAUUCAGUGGUACAAAGGAACUGUGUCACAGUUUACUCUCUCAUGAUUCAGAAAUGUGUAAUAAAGUGUGGUUUACAGCUUUUAAAAAUCAUUUUUUAAAACUAAUAAAUAAUGACUGAAUCAAGUUAUGCAGUAAGUGGACUAAAGUUCACAAGACACGGAAAAGUUUAUCAAAUUUUGUUAUUUUACAUUGUCAUUUACAACAUCCAUAUAAGCAACUAGCCAUAUAAGUAAAAUUCAUAUAACCACUAAUGACUUAAUUGUAUAUUUGUCUUCUGGAAGAGUUUAUCAAACUUUGUUAUUUUAUCUUGUCAUUUACAACAUCCAUAUAAGCAAGUAGCCAUACAAGCAAAAUUCAUAUAGCCACUAAUGACUUAAUUGUAUAUUUGUUCUCGUUUCCAUGUAUUCAUUAUUGUAAGGUGCACAGGAAAAGAAAGAAACAUCAAAAGUUUAUAAAAACAAUUCUGACUGUACACAUCCUUGUUUAAGCCGUUUAGAACCUAGAUAAAAAAUGUUGAGAAAACAUGGGUAGUGGUGCAUAAAUUGUAUUAUCCUUGAAAUAGCCUAAGUAAUAUUAUCAAAGAACUAAUGAACAGGUGACAUGUUGUAGUAAAUUAGUCUUUUAUUGCUUUCUUCUGUGAAGAAUCUGUUGAUUGUACUAUAUAUUCAGCAUUUACCUUUGGUUUGUUUCAUAGCUAAUGGAGAUAUUUAGGUAUGAACAACUGAGUACAGUAUUGAAAUAUUCAGUGUGCUGGCAUUUGUAGUUUUGAUAAAUACCAUUGCGGGCAAUGGAGUUGUGCCAGAGAAAUCUGAUUUCUGGUGCGAAAGGAAUACCUAGCCAAGGCCUCAAGCUCAAGAUACUUAUUAAACAUGUCCCCAAAUGCAAUAAAAACAUUAUAAAAUUAAAAGGAAUGAUUUGUUGAACCAAUAAUUUAAACAUACUGAUACGCUUUGAAUUUGCAACCAGCUGGAAUUUUCCUCUUAAAGUCAGCAGAGCAGUAACAAAGGAGAGCCUCAAGUAUUGAACUGUAGUGCAGCUUUCUGGGUGCAGGUGUCACUGCUCUGCCAGCUAUUACUGUUCUUUUCCUUUCUUUUCACCUCUUCUCCCAGCUGUUUGCUGGGAAAUUAACACUGGAACAGACUCUUUUCUGGCAGUGAAUAUAAGCUAUAGCUCCCCAUCUACUAUAAGAAAUGUCUUUGAGAUUUAGAAAUAAGGAAAGGAAAAUUCUGAAAAUAAAAAUUUUAAAGUAGUGAAGAUAAUUUAGAAAGAACGGCAACCUAUUGGAAUUUCUAGUCUAAAUAGUAUAAGAUGCUUCUGGAGAAAGGGAAACGGGGAAAGAGAAAUAAAUUGUGACUAAAGAUAAGAGAUAUGAACAAACUGUCAAGUCGCUGUAAGGUUUACACUGGGAUAAUCAGGCCCUAUAACUCCAAAUUUGGAUGAAGUCUUUUUCUGUAUCCUUCCUGGCCACCUACACAGUUUAGCACAUACAUUAAUAUAUGAACAUUAGUCUUUGAGGCAGCAGGAGUGCCCUGCAUUAUUUUCACUAAAAUAGAAAAAGAAGUAUUGGUCUAAUGUAGUUCUGGUGCUGCUGCCCUGUGUAUAGGUAACAAUAUAGAACCCCCCAAAUAGAUUUUGCUUCUGGUGAACCUUACUCAUUGGGUUCAUAUAGACUGACUAUAAUAUUUUCCAUUAUUUUAUGGGGAAAGACUUUUUUCAUAGUUUUCUUUUGUUAAGAAAAUAGGAAACUUGAAAAUGGUGAUAAAAAUUGAAAUAUAUGUGGUGUUUCCAUUAUUAAACCCUUCUGCAGAUCUAAAGUCUCAGGGCUACACUAUAUAGUGGUUAAAGUGCUGAAUAAUGUCUGGGUUUAUUUCCAUCUGUAAAAUAAGAAUAUCACAUAUGUUUGUCUUGAAUAGCAAAUGAGAAAAUGUAUAUAAAAAGCACUUUGUAAACUGUAAAAGUAAUACAGAUGUGAGCUUCUACUUGUUUAGAAGCAUAAAUGUGAAUUAUGUACAAUUUGGAUUCUGCAUAAAA